AUGUAUCAACACGGAUAUGGCGUAACGCAACAAGGCAUGCCGCAAGUCGCCUACAGCAUGAACGGCAUCCAAGCUGCCGCAAUGGCCGCUACUGCCGCUGCCUCUGGCUCAAACUACCCUUACAUGCACUCCGACCCCAACAUGCCUCAAACAUCUCCCCGCAUGGGCGGCAAGAAGGACGGCCGUGCCUCACCUCGAAUGAACAACCAAAUACCGCGCAGAGUGAGCCAAUCUGGAGUUACCAACCCGCAAGCCAUGAUGGGCCGACCUGGCGUUCCCCAGGCGCAAAUGACCAUGGCCCAUCCGCAGUCUCCCGAGAUGCCUGCCGGCGGCGUCGAGGAAUCCCCGCUCUACGUCAAUGCGAAGCAAUUCCACCGAAUUCUGAAGCGCCGCGUAGCGCGACAAAGACUGGAGGAGCAGCUCCGCCUGACCUCUAAGGGAAGGCGUCCGUAUCUUCACGAAUCGCGUCACAACCACGCAAUGCGAAGACCUCGCGGACCUGGUGGGCGCUUCCUUACCACGGAAGAGGUUGCCGCUCUGGAGAAGGAUGGUAAAGGCCCAGAGGACAGCCCCGAAGAAGCUGAAGGUGAUCUCGACGAUGCCAAGGCGCCCAGUGGUACAGGUGCUGGUGCUAAGCGCAAGUCAGAAUCUGCACCCGAUGGGCAAAGCAAGAAGGCGAGAAAGGGCGGCAAUGCCGAGGGCGAGAGCGCUGAAGCUGCUGCGGGAGCUAGCCGAUGA